CAAGGAAGCACGCACAUAUCCAGACUCUAACAACUUCUAUCUACAUCACGCAGUCUGCAAUCCAGUCCACAAUGGCCCCCUCAGCAACCUACAUAGACAUCGCGCCACCGACGGUCACCGGCCCGGCAACAAAAAAGGCCACACGACCAUCAAAUCCCCUCCCCCAGUCCCUGAUCCAGAAUGCUAGGGUCGCACAGAAACAGACCUUUGACCCAGCCCGGCAUCUCAACUUCCAGCCCCCCAAGUCCAUCUACACUAUGGAGCAGAUUGGGCUAAAGGGCCACGGCAUCUCGCCGCACGCGGCCACCGAGCCAUUCCCGCUCUUCACACAGGAGGCCAUCGCACAGAUGCGCGCGGAGAUAUUCAGCGAGGAGGUUCUGGCUGAGUGCCAGUACUCGUCGACGUUUAAUAAGAAUAUGGUGCGCGGGAUGGGGCCAGCACGCGCCCCAUUUACCUACGCUGCCUGGAAGUCGCCCGAGGUCCUGGCCCGGAUCUCGGAAGUCGCGGGCAUUGAUCUCGUCCCCUCGAUCGACUUUGAGAUCGCCAACAUCAACAUCUCCAUCCGGGAUGAGAACGCAAACUCAAACGCGGAGCACACGGUUGACCUCAUCUCCGACCAGGAGCUGCCAGCCGUAGCCUGGCACUAUGACAGUUUCCCAUUCGUCUGCGUCACAAUGCUCUCCGACUGCACGGGGAUGAUUGGCGGGGAGACCGCGUUGAAGAUGCCCAACGGUGACAUUAUGAAAGUCCGCGGGCCGGCUAUGGGCACCGCCGUCGUAAUGCAAGGCCGAUACAUCGAACACCAAGCCCUUAAAGCCCUCGGUGGCCGCGAGCGCAUCAGCAUGGUCACCUGCUUCAGGCCGAAAUCCCCGCUGGUCAAGGAUGAGACUGUGCUUGUUGGAGUGCGCGGCAUCAGCGACCUGUCGCAGCUCUAUACUCAGUAUACCGAGUAUCGCCUGGAGAUACUGGAAGAGCGCAUUCGGCACCGGUUGAAGCAGGAGCGGGAGAGGGAGAUUGCGAAGAGGCCAUUUGAUGUUCCGGAUGUUAAAAGGUUCUUGAUGGAGCAGAAGCUGUUCAUUGAGUCCAUGUUGGCGGAGAUUCAAGAGGUCGAGUAGAAGACUCAUCGUGUGUUGGUGGGAUGAUAGGAUGUUGCAACGAGAGC